UCAAUAAACCUUAAUGGGCAGUCGGAACAUUCAGGGCUUCGCCCUGAUACGAGCAGUCUUGUUAUAUCUCGUUGUUGACAACAUUGCCUGAACUUUUCAUUUUUUUUAACGCAGCUAAUUUGGAAGCACGCAUUUUCCCUAUUAACAUUGGAAAUCAUUUCACGCAAAAAAUUAGAUCUAGCAAAAACGAUAUAUCCACGCGAACGAUAAUUGUAUUUUAAACGGUUCGACUACGAUCCGAAAUAUACUUUCAUUUGAACUCAUAUAUUUAUUUGUACAUAUUAAACUAAGAAAACUUCAAAAAAGCCCGUUUCAAACUUUAAGACUUCGCAGAAGUCUAAGCAGUUCAAACCUAGACAGGAAAGGGUGCAAAUUAAAAUUGAGCAUUUCUUUGUAAUUUUGAUCCAAUUCGACUGACGGGAAUUAAUAUAUACCACUCGACCCAUUUGUGGUACCUUAUUUUGCUUGAAGAGAGUAAAUAAACAAAAACUAAAACAACCCCGAAGACAAGUUCCUCCACGCUGUCAGAGAACAAUAUUGCUCAAGUUCAGACCAUGGAAUGAAAAUGAGCUUUGUUUUCGAGGUGUUUUUCCGGGAGCCACAAAGACUACUUUCAGAAAACAACUCGAAAGAACAAAAUAUUGAAAUACAAAACCAUUUUUCUCAUUUUUUUAAUUAGAUUUUUUUUGAUAAAUGAAACUGCAAACAAAUCUGUUCCACGUGCAAUGGAUACAUUUUGAUAUCAUUGGUCAAGGGUAGAAAAGGCUGAUAAUAGAACGCUGAUUGCGGUUAAGAUAGAAGUACGAAAAACAAAACAAAAAUUGGUCUAAAAAACAAAAUACACAAACCGUUUUUCCUCGACACCGCGAUUUUUUCGGAUUAUUUAAAAUCUAGCAAAUCACGACUGCAGGCGCUUUGAAACGAAAAAUAUCCUGACUUUGGGCCCGUCUUUACAGUUCUUGAUUGUGCGUAGAAAAAUAUACGAAACCUCAUUGUUACGGCCAUUUGAAAAAUGGGGAGGAACUUUGUAUUCGGGUGUGUUCUAGUUUUUUUGUCUACGCGAAAACAAAUACCACAAUUAAUCAUCGGGUCGAGUGAUAUAUCAAUUUGAAGCCUUUUCAGUCAUGAUUCGAACGACCUCUAGAAUUCGGCAUCUAGGAAAACUGGUUGAAUAUUUUUGAUUUCUAUUUGAAUUUCGAGUGAAUAAAGCGAGCAAGCAGGCUUACAACAGCUUAUUUAUGCUUCAUUUACGCCCUGAAUACUUAGUUUUGAGCAAGUAACGUUAGUUUAAAAAGUUUUUUAGCGCCAUUUCGGGAACCAAAACUUUAACUUCAAACAAAUUUUGCAAAAAAUUUGAAUUCUUUUAUUUUUGCUUUUCUAGCCAUUUUUCUCCAACAUUUUUGUCCAAUUUGCCAAUAGUACUAUGACUGCACAAAUUUCUAAAUUAUAGCUUUAUGUCAGAUCCUUUUAUCACGCCGCGCAGAAAAAAAAUUACAUUAAUUUGAAAAAAUACUUUUUUUGUAGUGUAGUUUUUUAAAGACUAUGGUCGGAGCAUUCUGUGCUACUUGCAGUUACUGGCUAUCCUUGUUUACUUGAAGCCUUUUCGGUCUGAUCACGUGGUCGGAACAAAAAAAAUGAAACUUCAAAUAAUGCAACUACCUGACAAAGCCAUCUAUCCCUAUUCAAUUCUUAUUUUCCCCUUUUUCAAAUAUUUUUGAGAAAAAAGCGUAAAUUUCCUCUAAAUUUAACAGCCAAACGACACCUGCACCUUAAUAAACACCUUAAAUAAACACCUUAAUUAAGUUCGCCCACUAAAACAUCUUGAGUCGCCUUACGUUCCACCCACCGAACUAAUAGAUAGAAUUCUAAUUUAUGUGUCUCUUAAACUGGUCGAAAGAUUAUCGGCUCCAAUAAAUUGUCAAAAGAUAAAAGCAUCACCUUAUUUUUACAGAAUUAAAGGCCAGCAGAGUUCGAAGAAAACGAUAUUCGACGUGAACUUCUUUCAAUUUGAGACUAGCUACAGGCUAUUGAUUGCCUUUAUCAAUUUAGGCAAUCAACUAAACCUAUUUGAAAGCGAUUAACAAUUUUCAAUUUCGACUAAGUAUACAAUUUAAAUGCGGGUCAUCAAAAGGAACUAAACAUUAAAAUUAACAAACUAACUUUCACUUUCAGCUCAUUUAUAAUUUUGAAUCAGUUGCACAAAUAGUCUAAAUCGUUUAAAAAAGAAUCAACCACUUGGUAUUAAAGAUGCAAAAAUUGCAAAAAACUGCAAAAAUCAAUUGUCAAAUAGAAUAGCACGAGACUAGUAAGUUUAUCAGACAAACAAAACAAUUUUCAGGCUAUUCACUUCAUAUACAAUUUGACAUCACUCAAACCCUAUUCAAGGCUAGAAAAGGUUGGCAAAAUGCUUUCUUUGCUCCCAUUUCAGGCUUUUAUUUUAUGCCUGGUCUUGAGUCUUGCCCCCCUAUUGACUGCGACCAAGGGGAGCGCCCCACCCAGAAGCGUCAGCGGCGAACAGCGAUCGUCAUCCAAUCUCAAUCAGUCAUGCAGAGAACCACUGAAGUACAUUCAACCAGCCCCAACUCAUUACAAUUCCGGACCCAAAGAACUGAAGAUUCUCUAUACCGUUUCGUGUCACAAGGGACAUAUAAACCCAAAUGCUGCGAUUGCCCGAGAAUUGGUUUCCCGAGGGCAUCAAGUCGACCUUUUAACGACUGGUCUGUGCGGUGAAACGGCUGCUCAACUAAUUCCAGGUGCUCACGACAUCAUAGCACUGGAUAUCCACCCUCAGAAAUGUCUGGACCCUGGUGACUUUUUGGAUAUGAUUGCAUCUGCCAGGGACUUGUACAUUGAACGACACACCAAGCAAGCGUACAACGCCACUUUAGAACAGCUAAGACGGAGGAGUUAUGACAUUCUGGUCGGCAACUUUGUGGUUCCGGGAGGCAUCAUUGCCGCAAAGGUGUCUGGAGUCCCUGUGGUGACAUCCACAGUCGGACCGGUGUUUCUUCUGUACAAAGAGGAGGCGAACAAUUGGGACUUCGAAGUGCAGAUCAACUUACCGGACAACAUUCCUCACUACGUUUCACUAGUCCUGCGCGCUCUUCUGUCCACCAGUCAAUAUUUCUUAUUUUCUCCCAUUUUUCACUUCAUCCAGGAGCAGUAUGACUUACAUGGUCUCUCGAUCCCUGAAACUGAAAACGACGGCAGCCUACCGUUCUCCUACUACUACCGACACACAAUCGUCAUAAACCAGGGUCUCCCGCAGCUAAACUUACGAAACAUCAGCAAACUCGACGAACCCGACAACAUCUUCUACACCGGUUUUCGACCAGACAAGCACCUGUACCCGAAAAUAGAGGAAGAAGCCCUACUUGAGUUCAUCCGAAAAGACAACAAGACCAUCAUUUUCGUCAGCUUGGGUACCGUUUUCGACAUCGGUGAGAAACGUCAACUUGAUUUCUUAGCUGAAAUUGAGUCACAAAACGAAUUCAAAUUUGUUUGGGCCGUUUUGGAUAAGUACACCGAAAAGCUGCGACAAGCUCAGAAAAACGACAAAACCCUUUUCAUCGGUUCCUAUUUACCUCAGGGAAGUAUUCUUAUGGAGGAUAAUGUCAAAGUCUUUUUAACUCAUUGCGGCGCGAACUCAGUGCAAGAUGCUAUCUAUGCUGGUAAACCUAUGCUCACUUUUCCUGGUUUCGGAGACCAGGUUGUCCUUUCAAAACGGAUCGUAGCUCUCAAAAUGGGCAUCCGCCUGAAAGAACUGACCCAAACGCAAAUGAAAAUAUCCCUGGACCAAAUUUUGGAACCCAGAAGAUACCUGGAAAUGGGUCGAAACCUGGAACAAAAUAAGGAUCUCAUGAUGAGUUUGGGAGGGAGUCAAAAAUCUGCCGACGUAAUUGAGCAAACUGAAAAUGGCACAAUUCGAGUGAAUAGUAACGUGUCUUUAAAACUGGGUAGCUAUUACUACGUAGCCCAAGCGGCAGCUGCUUUCUUAUGUUUUAUUAUAUUAUCCUUUUCUGUAAUUGUGACUUGGUCAUGUACGAAAAUAUUCAAGAAGGUCAAACGAAAAAUCAAAUUUGAUUAGACAUUAACUGUCCAGUUAUUUCAAUAAAUGCGUGCCAUUCCUGUUAAAUAUCGAGCAGACAAACUUUUGCAACAAAUAAUCUUUACCCUAUAACUAGCAACUAUGAAAAACUUACGCGAAUAAUCAUCACGCCUAGUCAAUUUUUGUUAUUUGUAUGUUUUAAACGUUUUUCUUUCUGUUUAAGAAUUGCUUUCAUUUUAAGUUUGUGUAUAUUUCUAUUUGAUGCUGAUGCUUCAAUUUCUCAGUAUUGGCUAAUUCUACCCAUUUUAACAAAGUUGAUCGAAUCUUAAAUUUUUCCACUAUGGACUCUCAUUUUUAAGUUUUAAUUGAAAUGUCUUGAUCAAAUUUAUCCGAUUAGAAGAGUAUUACAAUACGGAAUCGUUUUUCAUUUCGCUAUUUUAUUCAGUACCUUUUGCUUGGGGCUACAUUUAAUAGUCUUUGCGCAAUUCUUUGAACAACCAUUUUCACUUAGUUUCGAGCUAUUUCGUAGUGCUCUUUACAUUGUUCAAUUCAUCAAUAUUGUUUGCGAAACUCAUUCUAUUAAAUUUUCUUAGUCCCUUUCUAUUUUCACUGAUUUCAAGCAGGGAUG